AAAAAGAGCCAUGAUAUUUUCUGUUUUCUGUUUAGAGGAUAUUCGGCUGAGUGGACGCGAGAGUGUGGCAGAGAGUGACUAUGAAGUGCAUGUGAUUCUGUGCAGAUGGUCACUGUCAGUCAUCCUGGCCAUAAUUAGUGGCCUCCUCUGUGGCCACCUGUCUUAUCUCUACACUAACCUGUACAAGAUGACAUACCAUAACGUGCCCAUUGUUGAACCACUCAUGGUGUUCUGUCUCUUCUACUUCUCAUACAUCGUGGCCCAGAUGUUUGGAUUUGGAGGCCCUCUUGCGGCUACCACCUGUGCGCUUUACAUGUCUGUCUACACCGAACCCAGGAAAGAAGUUUCAGUUUUUUGGGAGCUCAAAACUUGUAAUCUGAAAAAUAUAUAAAGGCGAAUUAACUGCUAACA